AUGAUAAUCGACAAACUGAUGAUCACCCAGAUCAAAAGUGGACUUACCAUGGUCAGUCAUGGACGGGAUUUAUUAAUCCAAGUAGAUAAUCUGCCAAAACUAUAUAGAGACAUGUUCUCACAAGGAAAUCAUAUGAUCAAUAAUGGUCAAGAAAUGAUAGAUGAAGCUUUAGCCGAGAUCAGCAAUAUAUCUUCUGAUAUAGUCAGUAAAACUGACAAAAUAAAGAUAGUUGAUCUCUCAGCAAUAGCGGAGUCAUCUGCAAAUCCAAAAGGGAUUGAUGACUCAGCCAUCACCACUGAAUUUAUUCAAGAAAGAAGAGCCAAAGGAUUCUUACUGCUCAAUCUCAACUUGGAAAAAAUCAUCAAUACCGACAGAGCUUGGUUCUCCUUCCUCAGCGACCAUUUAAUAGUGCUGUCGAAUAAUACUGCUUCAAAACCAAACGAAAGCACCAUGCAAAAGUUAACAGCCAUAAAAGAGAGGAUUCUCCACAAUCGCUUCGAUAGUAGUGAAGGGGUCCACAAAAAACUUUGCCAGCUGCUAGGGCAUAAAGAAUUUUGCCGCUAUUGCGAAAGCGAAAAGACAGUCCUCCUAAAGAGGAAAGCACCCACUCCUCCUCCUCCUCCGACAUCAUCGUACUGUAAAGCAGAGAAGAAGAUGAAGCUUACCUGA